UGGCCAGAUGGGAUCCAGCUGCUUUAACCAUGACACUGGCUGGCCCUGGAAGUAUUUCUUAGUGAAAUUACCUAAACAGAUCCUCUUCAGUUCUAUUUCAGUUGUAGAUCACCUAUCAAUAAUUAUAAAAGUUAUUCAUUAAUCUAUGGACUAGCUAGGGCGUGGUUCUGAGAUAAGGAACUUAACGUCUUGAACAAGUCUCCCCAGUUCCGUGUGAAGGAGCUUUUCAGAGGAAAGCUCUUUCAGAGCAGCUACUUUAGAAGAUAGCUGUUGGGAAAGGCUCACGACUACGUAUCCAAUUAGGAAACUACAAGAAGAAGUAGAAACAUCUGCUGGUUUACCUGUUUCUAUCCUGCUGAUCUGAAAAUUGCUUGUUUUCUGGAAAAGAAAAACUCAGCAGCAAAUAUUUAAAAUGAAGAGCCCCCGAACUUUUGAGGAGCAAACUGAAUGCAUUGUGGAAACUCUACUCAUGGACUUGUUAGGCCCGGCACCGCAGGUUUCUAACCGAAGCCUCUGCUCAGUAGAUGAACCAGAUUCAGGAGAAGCUUGCUCUUUCGAUGUGGCUAUCAUUGCUGGUCGCCUUCGGAUGUUGGGUGACGAGUUAAAUGAAGAAUUCAAGGGAGAAUUGGAAGCUUCUGCCAAAAGCAUUGCAGAAACCAUUCAUGGACAGGUAGGAGAUACAUUCCAGGGCACAGUGAACUCUCUCAGCAAGGUCUGGUGUGCACAGGAUUCCAGCUUUGCUUAUGAGAGAGCCUGUCUGGCAGUAUCAGUGAAACUUAUUGAGUAUGUGGCCCGCAUCACUCCUGAAAUGGCAAGACAGGUGGCUAUCUCUAUGACGAGUAUGAUCAAUGGGAAUGCAGCCAUCCGGGAGUAUGUUGAGAGCCAGGGAGGUUGGGAAAACCUGGAGAGCUGAAGAAGAGAUGAAGCUAUUCCCCAGACAGAACAUCACUUCCCCUUUGAUGGAUUGGGUGAUUGAUUUCUGGCAAUUAAAACAAACAAAAAAAA